GCCCCGCCCACACCCGCGUCUUCCCAGCCGCUUCUUUUCCCACUCCUUGGUCUCAGGACUGGCUCCUCGGCCCCACCCCUCCAUGAAGCCCCCGCCCACCAUCCGCCUUCCGGACAGCGCGAGGGGGCGGGAGCGGGGGCGGGGCCGGCCUCACCCGGAAUGAAAACAAACGGCGGCCUCUGCGGCAUCCGGGCACUCAGCAGGUCGCAGCUGGCGCGGCGGUGGCGCAGUUUUACUUUCAAGGAUGGCGCAGAAGAAAUAUCUUCAAGCAAAAUUGACCCAGUUUCUAAGGGAAGACAGAAUUCAACUUUGGAAACCUCCAUAUACUGAUGAAAAUAAAGAAGUUGGUUUGGCCUUAAAGGACCUUGCUAAGAAGUACUCUGACCGACUAGAGUGCUGUGAAAAUGAAGUGGAGAACAUAAUAGAGGAGAUCCGUCGCAAAGCCAUUGAGCGCGGCACAGGGAAUGAGCACUUCCGAACAACUGGGAUUGCCACAAUUGAGGUGUUUCUGCCUCCAAGACUCCGGAAACAGGACAAGAAAAGCUUGUUGGAGACCCGCUUGCAUGUCACUGGGAGAGACCUGAGGUCUAAAAUAGCUGAAACUUUUGGAUUUCAAGAAAAUUACAUCAAGAUCGUAAUAAAUAAGAAACAGCUUCAACUAGGGAAAAGUCUUGAAGAACAAGGGGUGACUCACAAUGUAAAGGCAAUGGUGCUGGAGCUGAAACAGUCCGAAGAAGAUGCCAGGAAAAACUUCCAGGUAGAGGAGGAGGAGCAGAAUGAGGCUGAACUGAAGGAGAAACGCAUUCAGAGGACCAAAAGGGGACUGGAGAUCCUAGCAGAGAGAGCGGAGAUGGUAGAUCCGGAAACGAUGCCUUACUUAGACAUUGCAAACCAGACAGGCAGGUCAAUCAGAAUCCCCCCUGCCGAAAGAAAAGCCCUUAUGUUAGCUAUGGGAUACCAUGAGAAGGGCAGAGCUUUCCUGAAGAGAAAAGAAUAUGGAAUAGCCUUGCCAUGCCUUCUGGACGCUGACAGGUAUUUCUGUGAGUGCAAAGAGCUGCUGGACACUGUGGACAACUACGCUGUUCUUCAGCUGGAUAUCGUGUGGUGCUACUUCCGCCUGGAACAACUGGAGUGCCUCGAUGAUGCAGAGAAGAAGCUGAACUUGGCCCAGAAGUGCUUUAAAAAUUGUUAUGGAGAGAAUCACCAGAGACUGGUCCACAUAAAAGGAAACUGUGGGAAAGAGAAGGUGUUGUUUUUAAGACUCUACUUGCUUCAAGGGAUCCGAAACUAUCACAGUGGAAAUGGAGAGGAGGCUCGGGACUAUCUCAACAAGGCGCGCCAGCUCUUUAAAGAGCUGUACAUCGAUCCGUCAAAAGUUCACAACUUGCUGCAGUUGGGGUUCACUGCCCAGGAAGCCCGGCUUGGCCUGCGGGCUUGUGAUGGGAACGUGGACCAUGCAGCCACUCACAUUUCCAACCGCAGAGAGGAACUGGCUCAAAUAAGGAAGGAGGAGAAGGAGAAGAGGAGACGUCGUCUGGAAAAUAUCAACUGUUUGAGAGGAAUGGGUUACUCCACACAUGCUGCCAAACAGGCCCUUCACCAGGCCAGAGGCAACCUGGACGAUGCCCUGAAGAUUCUCCUCAGUAACCCCCUCAUGUGGUGGCUACAGGAUUUAGACCCUGAAAACAACAGUCGACAAGCAAGUCCUUCCCAGGAAAGCAUCGACCAACUGGUGUACAUGGGAUUCGACACAGUGGUGGCUGAAGCAGCGCUAAGGGUCUUUGGAGGCAAUGUCCAGCUGGCAGCUCAGACCCUUGCACACCAUGGAGGAAGCCUUCCUCCAGACCUGCAGUUCUCAGGAGAGGACUCCUCCCCCACCCCGUCCACAUCCCCAUCUGACUCUGCAGGGACUUCUAGUGCCUCGACAGAUGAAGACAUGGAGGCAGAGGCCGUCAACGAAGUCCUGGAGGACAUUCCGGAGCAUGAGGAGGACUACCUGGACUCCACUCUGGAGGAUGAGGAAGUGAUUAUUGCUGAGUACUUGUCCUACGUAGAAAGUAUCAGGUCUGCCGCAAACAACUGAACAGAACUAAGUCCUGCAUUUCUGCCUAUAAAUUCUGUCGUUGUGAAUGGUCAGAUGCAGCUCUUCUUUGCCUUCCUCUCGCUUUUCAACGAUCCUGCUCCAAGUAGGCUUCUUCCUCAGGUACGGGGACCCAGCAUAGUGAAGAGAGACUUUAUUGGGAAGAGGACAGUCUAGGAGAGGGAACCCCUGGCUCUGCUGUUCCCUUCUGCCUCCAGGUCUGCACCCCUAACUCUACCACUCUGUUGGUUUUCCAUCCAGACUGGGAAGCAGGCUCCCUAAUGGAAGCAGGGUGGUCUGCAGAGGGCUGGGGACUCGGUCUCCUGUCCCCCUCAGCCAGCCCUCCUGUGCACUUUUCCUCUUAUCCUGCUGCUGAAACUGCCCUCCUCCACCCAUCUCUGCCGUGCAAGCUUACCUCAGCCCUUGUUCACCAUGCCUCACCCCUGACUCUUCAUUCCAAGUGCUGUGGGCACAUGAGAUAUAGGCCACAUACCAUAUCAAAUGGUGGCAGAUAGAUACCUUGAUCUUGAAAUGUCAGUGUUCUGUGCUUGUAGAUCAGUAAAGUCUGUACUUAAAAUUCAAGGUUGCAAAUCAGUUUCUAUGAAUUCUAAAUUCCUCAUACAAAGUGAGUCUUUUAUUAAAUGUAAGUUUUCAAUGCUAACCAAAGCAACUUCUUUUUCAUUUACAUUUCUAGAUGGCUAUCAGAAAACUCACUGAUGGCUAAGAAACCUCUGAGAUUGAGAUGUGCUUUCUUAAGUCUCUUGCUGGGUUUUUCUACAGCUGGGUCACAGGACUGUUCCUAAACAGGCCUGUCAGCCUUUGGUUGGUUCUUCCUGGGUAUGGACCAGGUGGAUAGCCUUCUGGCACCCAGGGCAUGGCAACAGACAGAUGUGGAGUGGGUCAAGUGCCACUGUAUUCCUGAGACCCUCUCAUUUCACCUGAAGCCCUGACCACAGACUAGGUUGGGCAAGUAGAAUUGUUUCUUGCUUUUUUAAAAAAAAUUACACGUAUUUAUUGUGUGGGGGAUGGGAAAACAUGCCAUAGCACAUGUCUGGGGAUUCAGAAGACAACAUGUGGGAAUUUGUUCUCUCUUUCCACCAUGUAGGUAUCAGGGACUAAGCUCAGGUUGUCAGGCUUGGUGGCAAGCCCCACUCCCUGAUGAACAAGAUUGUUGCCCCCCUUGCUGUUCUUUGGAAGUAGAUGAUACUGAUGGAAAUAAACAUGGAGAAUGCAAAUGAA